UGUGUGUGUGUGAGAGAGAGGGAGGGAUUUCUCGCGCGCCGCUUCUCUCUCACUUUGGCUCAGUCUCUCCACGGUGCGGACGCACGAAGCGGAGCUGCGCGCGACCCGAGUAAAGCGGGAGAACCGGAGUGCGUUUAGAGUGCGCCGGAGUGUAUGAGAGAGAGCGAGAGAGAGACAGAGAGGAUGCGCGGCGUGUGAGGCGCUCUCGCGGGGAGAAAGAAGCGCUCGAGCGGCUCCAUCCGGAGGACCAGCAGGUGGAAGGAGAUACGCAUACGCACGCGCUUUCACGCGCACGGACAUAGGGACGGACGGACGGACGCGCGCGCGGGGAUAGAGGGGAGGACGAGCGGCUCGGACUCAGCUUGGAGAAGCAGCCUAAGAAUGUGCCGGGGUGUGGAUGCGAUGGGGUCAGUGGUUUUGGGGUGGAUCGCACUCCUCUGCUUUUGCGGCGUCUCCUUCGCUUCCAUCACCUACCAUCUACGCGAGGAGCAGCCGCCCAACACUUUGGUUGGAAGUCUUGCCUCUGAUCAGGGCUUGCCUGACACUGGCCACCUUUACAAGCUCGAGGUGGGCGCCCCAUACUUGCGGGUGGACGGCAAGACGGGGGACAUAUACACCACAGAAGUUCCAAUAGACAGGGAGACGCUGAAGGAUUGCCGGAACUUGUUUGAGGGGGAUCCCUGCUACCUGGAGUUCGAAGUAUCCAUCACGGAUCUGAUGAAAGGCUCUGGGCCGCGGCUUAUCGAAGGCCGCAUUGAAAUCCAAGACGAGAAUGAUAACACACCGCAGUUCCCCUCACCCAUCCUGGAACUGGCCAUUCCAGAGAAUACCUACGUCGGGGCGCACUACUCCAUUCCUGUGGCCACGGACAAAGACGCAGGAAGCAACGGGAUUGCGGAUUACAAGCUGAGCGCAGGCUCAGAUGCGGCAAACCUGUUCAGCCUGCAGGUGGCGGAUAAUUCGGACGAAAAGGUGCCACAGCUAAUUGUGCUGGGAAACCUGGACCGUGAACAGCGGGACACCUACGACCUCAGCAUAAAGGUGAUAGAUGGCGGAACGCCGCCGCGCUACAGCAGCGCCCUCCUCAGGAUCACCAUCACUGACACCAAUGACAACGUGCCCAAAUUUGAACGCUCACACUACGAGGGAGAACUGGCUGAGAACUCGCCUGUGGGUCAGUCCGUUCUACAGGUAAAGGCCAACGAUGAUGACCUGGGAGCUAAUGGACAAGUGACCUACAGCUUGCACCAGCCACCGCCCAUCGUGCAACGUCUCCUUCACAUUGACCACAAUACGGGUAUCAUCCAGGUGAAAGGUGCAGUGGACCGUGAGGAGGUUUCACUCCUCAAGUUCUCCGUCCAGGCCAGAGACAAUGGCCCACAGGCCAAGAGCUCCAAAGCCACAGUGACAAUCACUGUGAAGGACAAGAAUGACAAUGCACCUUCUAUCAGGAUCCGCGGCUUUGGCCUGGUGGCUCACGAGGAUGGGAUUGCCAAUGUAUCUGAGGACAUGCCUGUGGGUACUCCUGUGGCUCUGGUGGAGGUUUCAGACCGAGAUGAAGGUGAGAAUGCUGUGGUAACUUGUGUGGUGGCGGGAGAUGUGCCCUUCCAGCUACGUUCAGCUUCAGACACUAGCAGCAAGAGAAAGUACUUCCUCCAGACCACUACGCCCCUGGACUAUGAGCGGAUCAAGGAAUAUAGGAUUGAGAUUGUGGCUGUGGAUUCUGGCAACCCUGCUCUCUCCAGCACCAACUCACUGAAGGUACAGGUGACAGAUAUGAAUGACAAUGCUCCAGUCUUCUCCCCUUCUCUCUAUGAAGUAGAUUUUGCAGAGGAAAACCAGCCAGGUGAUAAAGUUCUGGAUGUAGUGGCUACAGAUGCUGAUAGUGGCACCAAUGCAGAGCUGAUCUACAGUAUCAUCACAGACUCGGCCACUAAGGGGCUUUUCGAAAUUAACCAGAACACUGGAGAGGUCAGAGUGAUGAAUCAGCUGGACCGUGAGUACAAGGAGCGCUACGAGUUUCAUGUAGAAGCGGCGGACAAAGGGGUACCCAGCUUGAGGGGGACAGCCACGGUCGUGGUCAGGGUUCUUGAUCGCAACGACAAUGACCCCAAGUUCAUGUUGGGUGGCUACAGCUUCUCAGUUCUGGAAAACAUGCCUCCUCUUAGUCCUGUUGGAAUGGUCACAGUCUUAGAUGCAGACAAGGGUGAGAAUGCACGUGUGCAUCUGUCUGUGGAACCAGACAAUGGGAAGUUUGUGAUUCAGAAUGGUACAGGAACCAUCCUGUCUAGCAUAUCCUUCGACAGGGAAAAGGAAAGCACCUACACUUUCCGGUUGAAGGCUGUGGAUGGAGGUGACCCUCCUCGUUCCUCUUACGUGGGUAUCACCAUCAAUGUCCUGGAUGAGAAUGACAAUGCCCCGUAUGUUACCAAGCCUUCCAAUUCAUCAUACAAGUUCCUGCAGCCCCUAACAAGCCCUGACACUCGAGUGGAAAAGGUGGAAGCAGAGGAUAUUGAUACUGGGAUGAAUGCUGAACUUGACUUUAGCAUCACAGGGGGAAAUCCUCAUGGCCUGUUCCGCAUCUCUCCCACAGAUGGUGAGAUCACGCUGGCCAAAGAAUUCACCCGGAAGCAUAACGGCCUUCACCGCCUGGUGGUAAAAGUCAGUGAUAAGGGCAAACCUUCCAGGCACACGACUGCACUGGUCCACAUCUUCGUCAAUGACACCAUCAGCAAUGUCACAUUGGUGGAGUCUCUGGUCGGCCACAGUCUCUAUACUCCGCUGGACAUGGACAUUGCUGGGGAUCCAUCUUACGAGCGUGUCCAGCGCAGCAACAUCUUGUACGGAAGCCUUGCAGGAAUUGCUGGGGUUAUCCUAGUCAUUGUGGUGGUGGUGGUCAUCAGGCACCGUCUGCAGAAGGAGACCAAGAGUGGGUAUCAGGCUGGCAAGAAGGAGACAAAAGAUCUUUAUGCUCCCAAGGCGGGUCCCAAGAGCAACAAAGGCAAGAAGGGUAAGAAGGGCAAGGCACCAAAGCCAGCCAAACCUUUAGAGGAGGACGAGGAGGCUAGCCUUCAGAAAGGCUUGAAGUUUAAUCUUAUAAAUGAUAGCGUUACUGACAGUCCCAGGAUUCACCUGCCCUUGAAUUAUCCUCCAGGAAGCCCUGACUUGGGUCGCCACUACCGCUCAAACUCCCCGUUGCCCUCCAUUCAGCUGCAGCCCCAGUCCCCCUCUGCAUCCAAGAAGCAUCAGGCAGUGCAGGACCUGCCAGCCACCAACACCUUUGUAGGAACUGGGGACAACAACUCAACCGGUUCGGACCAGUAUUCGGAUUACAGCUACAAGACCAACCCUCCGAAAUAUAGCACCAAACAGCUCCCACACCGCCGAGUGACCUUCUCCACAGCCAAUCAGGCGCAGGACCUGCAGGACCCCUCCCAGCACAGUUACUAUGACAGCGGUCUGGAGGAGUCGGAGACGCCGAGCAGUAAGAGCUCGUCCGGGCCCAGGAUCGGCCCCCUCGCCCUGCCAGAGGACCACUACGAGCGGACCACACCAGACGGCAGCAUCGGGGAGAUGGAGCACCCCGAGAACGAUUUAAGGUCCCUGCCGGACGUUGCUAUGACAGGAAACUGUACGCGUGAGUGCACUGAGUUCGGCCACUCCGAUUCCUGCUGGAUGCCCGGCCAGCCCUCACCGAACCGCAACAAAACCGCAACCAAGGGCGGCCCUAAACUGUCCACAUUCGUGCCUUACCCGGAGAGGGAGUCGCAGGACCAGCUGAUGGCCAACGGCAGCCCCAAGCCCAUCGGGGAGGAGCACGGAGGGGGAAACAAGAUGGCCGCCAUCCGCUUCCUGCCUCCGUACACCAGUGCCUACUCUGCGGGCGGCGAGGUGGGCAAAGACUGCCCCCUAGAGGAGAUCCCGCUGAGCCAGACGGCAGAUUACGCGUCGGCCACCACUCCGUCCAGCCAGGGCUCCAAGAGAGAGAUCUACCUGUGAAGCUCCCGCUUAACGUGGGUCGCCCUCACCUGAGAUAACCUAACGCUACAGGUGCGCUCGUCACCCACAAUUCACUCUGCCUAUAGGAGGAAGAUUCCGAAUCGCCUCCAAAAUCACCUCCACCACCCGACCCCUCGUAAUCGGCCUCCUCCUUCACGUCUGUGGAUGAAGAAUCGGAAUCCUGCUUCCGUGUUUUGUAUGUAGAAAGCCUGACCAAUCACGCGAGUGCGAGUUUGUGUUUGUGAAUACUGAAUGAAGGAUACUCACUUUUCAAUCAAACUUCUGCCGAAAGAAUGUAAUUACAGUUUUUAAAUCCGACUUUGUGAUAAUUUAACGUAAGCUGUAUAGGUAAAGGUUCCUACUUGAGUUUGUUUUUGUUUUUUUUUCCUUCGUUACUUUUUUAGACUAUUUCGGUUGAACUGAGGACAAGCUUAGUUUAAAAUAUGUACACUGACCUGUAUGUAUACACACAUACACAUCCUGUAACGGACUGUUCUGUAGGGGGCGCUGUGCUUUAUAUUUUGUGUAGCUGCUGGAUCAACGUCAAAAACAAACCAUAUGGCAAUUGCGUAAGCACUGAAAGUGUUUCCAGCAGCAGACUUUUCACUUGGGGAAGUUUUCCCUUCAAUGUACAGUGAUGUAAAUAUGAUGAGUGGCCAGCCUGGGGGGACAUUAGCAUUAGCGCAGGCUGGACUAAUCACAGUAGAAAAGAAGAAGAAGAAGAAGAAGAAGAAGAAGAAGAAGAAGAAGACCACCACCAUAACCCUCAAGCAUCACCCAAACACUCGGGAUUUGGAUUAAAACCAAAACACUGGGGGAAAACAAAUGGAAAACAGCAGGUCAGUCUAAUGCGAUUUGUCAGAUUUGAAAAGUUGCCACAGCUCCCAUGCGUGGAUUUCAGCAGGACCUCCAUGGAGAGCAGGUGGCUCCAUCAGACACUUUUCCACCGUCUCUCACGUGUCAUUGCUGUGAUCUUUAGAGGGGGGCCACGGAUCUAAACGUGCGUUUUCACCAGUACCUUCGCGUACGAGGCAUUUCGAAUCCUGACUUUAAGAACACUUUGAUGGACCUCUCUGUCCACGUCGCACUACCUGUUCCUCAGCCGCUUUUGUGUGUGGAUGGAUGCUUCAGAGACUUGUUGUACAUGAAUGGAUGGAUGGAUGGAUGGUGGGUCAAACCCAGUCAGAUACACAAAACAACAGCAGUGAUGAACUGUGUUCAUUCCAUUCAAUUAAUCAAACUAGUCAGACGGUCUGUACAGUUUAGAACAUUAAGUCUGGAAAAGUAAGAGCUAGCUUUGAGGCUAAUGUUGUAGGAUUAGCAUUCUUGGGUCUAAAAUGUUAGCUGUUUCAUUACUGACCAUCUCUGUUUCAUUUUCAAGAGAAGGUUUUUCAAGAAUUUCUUUUACAAACCCCCUAAACUUAUUGGGAAUCCUUAUCCUAAGGCUUGUUAUUCAUGGAAAACGAUGCUAAAGUAUUGGCUAUUAUGGAAUUAUUUAAACUUGGAAUGGAGGGUUGGUCCUGCUGGUAGAUCUGGGAAUAUUAAAGGGUUAAAAGUUGUUAUUAAUAAUGUGUGACAGUAAUGGAAAUAGCACCUGUGGUAAUGCUGGUGAACAGAAGUUGUAAUCAGUGGGAAAACAGAGGAAUAUGCCACACACAGUCUGCCAUAAGUGACCUCAGCGUGCACACUGUUCUUCUCCAACGUCCACCACGGGAACAGACUGACUGGUGUCCUUUGGAUGGUGGAAGAAAGUGAAAACAAACUGGCUGGCUUUAUGUACUGAAACUUUCAUGCAGUCACUUGAAGGUAAAUAGUAAAUGUCUUAACCUGUUAAACUUCCAGGCUUAUUGAUGGACUACAAUACAAGCUAGCUGAGUUACUAUUCAGCUAGACCACUGAGGAAUGGAAAGCUGGAUUUGCUAGCAUAUUAUGUGAAACAGCCAAUCAGAAUGUUGAAAAAGUACCAUAUGAUGACAUCAAACAAUGUAAUUCUGGCCUAAAUUUAUGCUGGAAGACUGUUAGCUUAGCUAUCUCACUGGAUACCAGCAAAUAAUCAAUAUUAUUAACUAGCCAACAUGCAUUCAUCAGCAUAUGCCAGUCUGCUGCUUCAAUUUACUGCUCACAUUGUGAUCUAUGUAGCUAAGUUAUUCCUUUUUUCCUCUCUUAACACCCACUUACAUCAUACCACCACGUCAGCUGUUCUUGCCGUUUCAGAUGUUUCAGCUCGUAACCCUGCGUGAAAGUUUCUCCGUGUAAAGCCGGGCUGAGUGAAGCUCACGCCUUUCUUCUUUCUCUGCUCCUCUGGCUGAAAGGGAAUAAACGCCGGAGCCCCUUGUGUCCCCGCCGUCACGACACGCGUACGAGUUCAUUUAGUUCAUGUCAGAAUCCCUGUUUGAUCAUUUAAAGAUCAAACACUAGACUGUCUAAUGCAGUCGCUCGGAUCGUGCUGAGGUCCAGCUAGAGCAAACAAACCAUUUCUCUCAGUGACAGAACCAGCGGUCAGAUAGUAGCCUCUCAACCUCUGGACUGGCACUGCUGGGGUUUAGCAUGACCUGGGGCAGAGAGAGAGAGAGAGAGAGAGAGAGAGAGAGAGGAAAAACACAAAUAUAUGGCUGCAGCCACCACUCUUACAGAUCUCCAAAUCUUUUUGAUUUGUAGAGUCAUUAAUUAGUCCUUUAUUUUUCAUUACAUGAUCCUGUAAGCUAGUCUAUUAAUAAUAAUCUAGCUGUACAUUAGCUAGCAGUUAUAUCAAACAUUAGCUUGUAACAUCAAACAUUAUAGCAGUAACAUCAGAUGUUAGCAAGCAGACAACAUCUAAAUCAAGCUAGCAGCAACAUCAAACUUUAGCUACCAGCAACAUCAAAUGUUUCCUGGUGGUACAUCAAGUAUUAACUAGCAGUAACAUCAAAUGCUAGCUUGCAGUAAUAAGCUAAUGCUUACUUAAUUAUUUGAUAAAUUAUUAGAUUUUUUUAGAAUCAUGACUACUCUUUGUGCUCUUUUUGACCUAUUUUGUAAUAAACACUACUCCAGUGCUUGAAUACAGUGCUCUAAAAUCACUCAUAUGUUAAGUGUUGGCUUUGCUAACUAGCUAACUGCAUCACAGAAGUUUUAAUGUGAGCUACACUUUUCUAGCGAACAAAAGGGUGAUGGCACUCUUUAGGUUUAAUUAAGAUAGACAGUGAUGAAGUACUAACUAACUUUCUAGGUGAAUAUUUUUAUAAUCUUUUGUCGUUAGCAGUAACAUCAUGUGUUAGCUAACAGAGACAUUAAAACAUAUCUAGCAGUAACAUUAGCAAAAGCUAACGUAACAUUAAAUCAGUACCUAGCUAUGAUUUAUUUGACAGCUGUAACAUCAAAUGUUAGCUAGCAGUAAUAAGCUAAUGCUAACUUAAUGUUAGAUAACUACCUGGGUAUUUUUGUUUAGUUAUUUAUUCAUUCUAUUUUGUAAUAGAUAUAACUCCAGCAGAUGUGGAGCUUAAAAACUGCACAUGAUUAGCAUCAGCUAUACUAGCUAGCUACCUGCUUCACAGAAAAGUUAAUUAACUAACAAAGUCACAAAAAUAUUGACCAUUCAAAUUAAAGCUUUAGGUUUAAUUAUGGUAAUUUAUGCUGAUAGACUUAAUAAAGUAUUAAAGUUUAUAUAAAAAGUUAGCACUUUGGUACUUUAAGAAAAUUUGGAAAUUUUAUGUGAAGGUUUUUUCUAAUUGCUAUCUUUGCAUUUGCAUUUUUUGGUGCUUGAGAGAGGGUGAGAGUGGUACCUGCAGCCACAAUGUACACAAGAAGCACAGUCAUAAUCAGUGGUACUCAACAGUACUCAGUACUACACAGUGGAGCUAAGUAGGAUGCACAUGUACUCAGCAGUACUCAACAGUACUCUGUAGUACUAAAUAGUACUUAACAGUACUCUGUAGUACUCAAUAAUACUCAACAGAGCUUAUCAGUACUCAGUAGUACUCAGAUGUUGUCAGUAGUACGUAAAUGUACUCAGCAGUACCCAAAAGUACUCCAUAGUACUCAGUAGAGCUCAGUAGUACUCAAAUAUUCUCAGUAGUACUGAAAUGUACUCAGUAGUACUCAAAAGUACUCAGUAGUAUUCAGUAGAGCUCAGUAGUACUCAAAUGUACUCAGUAGUACUUAAAUGUACUCAGUAGUACUCAACAGUACUCAGUAUAGUUUAAGCAAACACUAAAGUGGAGUUUUGUUUACUUGCGUUUCUUUUCUUUUUAUCAUUCCGGUUCCUCCUCGGUUCUUGGAUGAUGCUCGUACGCACUCACAUAGGGCAGAAUGUGUGUGAGUGUGUGUGUGUGUGUGUGUGUGUGUUGGGGGGGGGAUGUAAACGCUUCCUGACAGUUUAGGCAGUGUUGUGCUCCCGCUGGGAAAACCUGGAGUUUAUCCCUGGAGAGCGACUGUCACAGAUCCUGCUGGGUGAUAUCAGUCUGUGUGUGUGUGUGUGUGUGUGUGUCUGUGUCUGUGUGUGUGUUGUGUGUUGUGUGUGUGUGUGUGUGUGUGUGUGU